GCUGAUGGCUGAUGCUGUUCCAGAGGAGGAAAGACAAAAGAGUUGGAACUUACGCGUAUUACGCGCCAUGCGUAACUUAGGAGCGAAAGGGAAUCGGUUAACGCUGUUAUAAAAAGGAGCCAAGAACGAGAAAACAGAGAUUUUUGGUUUCGACGAGGGAACAAUGAGGGAGGAGGUUAUAAGCUCUGGGGGAACUAUGGAUCCCUUACUGCUCGCUCGAUCUUCCUCGCCGCCUCCGGUUACUGCUGCAAGUUCUGCAGGGGCAUCUUCACCUGCUGUUCCAACAAAUGCUGGCAGUAUUGACUGGUUUGGCAAUGGACAAGGUUCCAAAGGAGGUUCUCUGUCUUGUGUUGGUUCACAACCCCCACGGGCUUCCUUAAGCACAAGUGCUGGUGGUUCUGCUCUUGGAUCAUCACAACCUUCAUGUAGACCAUGGGAAAGAGGGGAUUUACUUAGGCGGCUUGCUACAUUCAAGCCUUCAAACUGGUUUGGAAAACCAAAGGAUGCCAGUUCAUUGGCUUGUGCCCGCAGAGGUUGGGUAAAUGUUGACGUAGAUAAGAUUGUAUGCGAGUCUUGUGGUGCAAACCUGAGUUUUGUUUUAUUAGCAUCUUGGACACCCACUGAAGUUGAUACUGCUGGUGAGGCGUUUGCCAAGCAGCUUGAUACUGGGCACAAAGUAACUUGUCCUUGGAGAGGAAAUAGCUGUGCUGAAAGCUUGGUGCAGUUCCCUCCUACUCCCCCAUCAGCGCUAAUUGGUGGUUACAAAGAUCGUUGUGAUGGACUUCUGCAAUUUCUAUCUCUUCCUGUUGUAGCUGCUUCUGCAAUUGAACAGAUGCGGAUUUCUCGUGGGCCACAACUUGACCGCUUAUUAUCCCAGUCACAAGCCUUUACAUCUGGGGAUUUAAAUUUUAAAUCAGAGAGCAUCGCAGGUCCAGAAUCUUCCCGAGAAGAGGCAUUAUGUGUAUAUUCUCAUGCCCAGAAGCUAAUAAGCUUGUGUGGAUGGGAGCCACGAUGGCUUCCAAAUGUUCAAGACUGUGAAGAACAUUCUGCUCAAUCUGCUAGAAAUGGCUGUUCUUUUGGCCCUACUCAAGAUCGAUUUCAUCCUUCCAAGGAUCCUGGGCCUAGCAAGAAAGCAUUCUCUGCUUCAGCCAAAGCUGGAAAGAAAAGAUUAUCGGUUCAGGAAAACAAAUGUGAAUCUAGGUCACCUUUGUUAGAUUGUAGCUUAUGUGGUGCCACUGUUAGAAUCUGGGACUUUGUUUCUGUGUCUCGCCCUGCUCGUUUUGCUCCGAACAGCAUGGGUAUCCCUGAAACGAGCAAAAAAAUGGCAUUGACACGUGGAGUUAGUGCAGCCAGUGGAAUCAGUGGCUGGGUUGCUGCUGAUGGUGCAGAGAAAGAACAGAUUGAAGGCCGUGAUGAUGCAGCAACAACAGAUGAAGGAAAAUCACUCUCAAAUGCAGGUGUAGAUUUAAAUCUUACAAUGGGUGGUGGGUUACCAUCAUCUCAGUUGGGCAUGGCAUUGAUAUCUGAGCAGUUUCAAGAUGCAGACAUGGGAAGGGAUCUAAUGAUUGGACAACCUGCAGGCAGUGAAGUUGGUGAUCGUGCAGCUUCAUAUGAAUCACGGGGCCCCAGUACAAGAAAGCGAAGCUUGGAAGAAGGUGGUAGUACAGUUGACAGGCCUCAUUUAAGGAUGCAACAGGCUGAUAGUGUAGAAGGAACUGUCAUUGAUCGUGAUGGUGAUGAAGUAAAUGAUGGAAGAGAAUAUUCAGCUGGGCCUUCAAAGCGUGCUCGUGACUCAGAUGUCUUUGACACAUAUCAUUCAUCAUAUAGGAGGGAUUUAUCUGGUGCUGGUCCUAGCCAUUCCUUGGGUUUUGAAAUGGAAACAGAUGGUAAUAGAAUUGAUCCAUUUCGACGGGAAAAUGAACAGGUUAUUGGUUUUGCAUCCACCAGAGAUUCAGCACGUGCAUCCUCUGUUAUAGCAAUGGACACAAUUUGUCACAGUGCAGAUGAAGAUUCUAUGGAGAGUGUUGAAAAUCAUCCUGGAGAUGUUGAUGAUGUCCAUUUUCCAUCACCGGCUAUAUAUAAGAAUCCUGACAUGAAUGAAACAUCAGAAUUGAACUAUAGUAAUCAAGCACAGCAGAGCACUUGUUUCCAACCAGCUGCUGGGAGAGUUGCUGGAGAAAUGGGUCUCAGUAGCACUAAUGAUGGCGAGGAAAUUCUGAAUGCAGAAACUGUGACUGCCCAUGCUAGAGAUGGAUUUAGCUUUGGGAUUAGUGGUGGAAGUGUUGGUAUGGGUGCUAGUCAUGAAGCUGAAAUCCAUGGGACUGAUGUGUCUGUUUAUAGGGCAGAUAGUGUUGUUGGUGAUGUUGAACCUAUAGCUGAAGUCACUGAAAAUCAGGGUCAAACAGGUGAAUCUGCUCCAGAUCCUGGUCUGAUGGAUGAGUUUGUUCCAGAGGAAAUGGAUAGGGAAGAUCCUCAUGGUGAUAGUCAAGAUAUGAUUUCUCGAUCUGUAGGAAGGGCAGAUAGUGGCUCAAAAAUUGAUGGGUCAGUCAAGGCGGAAUCUGUCGAAAGUGGUGAGAAAAUAAGUCAAAGUCACAUAUUAGCCCAUGAGAGCAGUGUCCAUCCUUCUCUUUCCUGUAAUGCUGUCAUGUAUUCUGGUUAUGAUGUAUCCAAGGAUGAAGUGACCCAGGCUGGCAAGGCAUCACUUGCAGAUGAUUGUGCUUUCCUUCAGUCAGAUUGCAUUGCUGCCAAUGGAAUUGGACCACCAAAUGGGGAAAGCAACUAUGAAGAGGCAAUGGAAUUUGAUCCAAUCAAACAUCACAAUCAUUUCUGUCCUUGGGUGAAUGGAAAUGUUGCUGCUGCUGGGUGUAGUAGUAGUGGUUCCAGUUCUGAUCCUGGUGCUAUAGCUCUUUGUGGAUGGCAGCUGACGUUGGAUGCAUUGGACUCUUUUCAAUCACUAGGGAAUGUUCCGAUCCAAAAUGUGCAAUCUGAGUCUGCAGCAUCCCUUUACAAGGAUGAACACCUAACUCCAGGCCAAAAGGUCUUACCACGCCACUCUGUGAGCAAGAGCCAUGGUCAGCAUUAAGGUUUUAAUCUCAAGAACAAUGGUUAAUUAUCCAGACAUCGUAGACUUCGGAAUUAUAGUAGCUUCAUUUGUCAUUAUGAAGACGGUGAUUUGGUGGUGUCUGCUAAUAUUUAAGUACAAAGUUUCGGUUGAUGACAUUAGUUUUCAGAGGACUGGUCCAUUGUUGAAUGGGGAGAAAACUAAUUCCCCUGAAGGUUAAUCUGACUUCUAUCUUUAAUUUUUUUUUCCUGCAUUUGUUCAGUUUCGGAAUGGGGUAGUAGGCAGUAUCUGCUAGUCACGCUAUUAUGGUAUUGUUGACCAUGCCUUGGUUUGUACGAGGAUUUCCUACUUCCAAGUUAUGUAGUCCAAGGCAUGAAGAUGAAGAUGAUGCAGCCGGGUCUAUCUUCUUUAGUCUCUCAUUUUCUCUCUUGGCGCCUAGAGUACGAGGCACCAUAGAUUAUUAAGUAUUAUUGUAGGCACUGUAAUCCUAUUUACAUAGUCACUAUAGUGUGUUGACACUUGACAGUCGAAAGGGUUAUUUUAGUUUUCUACUGCGAAAACAACUGCUUUGUAUUUGCUAGUUUUGUUUUUACCUUACAUAUUUGUAUUCGACCUUUGGUGGGUGGUAAUUCGUAACAAGUGAUGUCUCGUGGUUUCUAAGCUUCUCAUCAUCCGCUUAGUUUAGGGCAGAAUUCGUAACUUGUUUUUUAUGAAUAAGAAUAAAUGAUGUUUUCUGUUC